UUUUUUCUUAUUUUUCCUCAAAGUGGCAGCAGUUUUUUAGUACAUCAGAAAACAAAAGUUUCUGUUCGUGUUCGUUUAGAUUGGUGUUGUUUCUAAAGAAAGGAUCUAAUUUUUCAUCAUAUCAUAACAGAAAUAUUGAGGAUGUACUAAAUUGGAAUUAGGUAAAUUUAUCUGUAAAUGCAAUGUAUUUUUGACAUUAUUGUUUGCGGUUGAUGCGUCAUCUCAUUUCAGAGUUGUGGAGUUGAGUAUCUGUGAAGAUGUUUGAUGUGUUCCAAAAUGUACUUUUUGGCAAGAAAAAGGAUAAAUCAGAAAAAGAAAACUCAGGCUCAGAAGUAGACGAUUUUGUGCUUGUUGGUCAGUCAUCAGGUGAACAAGCAGCUGUUGCAAAAGAAGCUAGUGAAUUUCCAUAUCUCAACAAUAAAUAUUUCGCUAAUAACUUUCCUCCUGCACAAAUGCCUGAAGUUGCCACAAGGAAAGAAGAAACAUACGUACAGAAUGUGCCUCUUCAGGAUGUACCAUUUAUAAUCAACGCUGCUCUGUCUGCAUCAGCGAAACUUGACAACUUAUGGCAAGGCAUGGGACAAGUUCUUAGUUUUGUGGACAAGUACAAACCAUAUACAGAUGAUUAUGACUUUUCACUUGAAAGAUCUGUUAUUGCUGAAACAAUGCAGAAAUAACUUUUGUUGAAAGAAACCAUUCAAGUUUUAUGGCUCAAAUUGCCCAAUUUACAACAUACAUCACAUGACUACAAAUCAUAAUGUUUAAUAUGUACUCAAUUAUAUAAACUCUUUCUGGUAUCAACUGUUGCAUUGUCCUUUAUGAAUAUAGUUUACAAAAUGUAGCCUAAUUGACAUUAGGUAUGACGGAAUUAGCCAGCUCUUCUCACCCUGCCUAUAUUAAAUUUCUUACUUGAUCUUUUAAGUUUAAAAAAAGAGGUGGAACUGCCACUUUGUUAAUCCUAGGCGACAAAUGUGGUAGUUAGAUUCAGCUCUAACCUAUCCAUGGUCAGUAGCUGAUGACCAAAUAGCACAACCUCAAGGAAUCAAGGAAUGGAACACAAACUUGGAUUUUGGUCAAUUUGCACUAGGUAUGGGAUCUGGUAAGUGGUUUGGUUGCAACUCAGGUCUAAAGUUGCUUUGUUAGCAACAAGAAUGCAAUGUCUAUGUCAUUUGAAUUAAGAGCUUCCAGGACUCUAGCCAGGAAUGAAUAUUAGGUUGGACAUGAGAUUUUAUAGACGGGGCCCUAAAAAAUGAAGCAUGCAUACAUAUAUCGGGGUAUGCCAGGACAGGUAUUACCUGAUCUCGCCUCCCUCUGGCUAUGGCCAUGUUACCUUUACAGCAAUAUUUGCUCUUCCAACACAAUUGCCACUUUUUGUCAGUACAAUAUACAGGGCUAUAGGUUUGGCUACACAAAACCUAUUUUGGCCAUGCCAGUGGCAAAAACGGUAAAAACUGGAUUUAACCACCAUAGAACUGGCCAAAACUGUAUUGUAUAAAAGCACAAUAAUAUGUACACACAUACAGUUUGUAUGCAUAAUGUUGCAUAUUUUAAUUCAUAAUUAAAAGAAAUAUGAUGUCUGUUUAUCUUGAUUAAAAUAAUUUUUCUAACUGAUUUAUUGAUUUAAAUGCAACUUUUCUUAAUGUGUUGCAAAAUUUUACUGAUUUUUUGUUGUUCAAGUCUGAUUGUUGAACAUGCGUCCCUUGACAUAACUUUUAUUUUAGUGGUAGACCGUGCAAAGCUGGGCGAUACAUCUAGUAUUAACAUUAAAAAUUGUUCACAGCAAAGAGACUCGUUUAUUAAGAAUACAAAACAGCCUGCAAUAUAAACUAAUAGCUAUUCUUCCCAAAACUUGUAACAUGUAUUCAAUGAAUUAGAAAAUAAGUAAUAUACUUUGAUUUAACUUGAAACUCAUUUUGUGCGCAUAAAAUUAUAAAAACUAUAUAUUGUGCUAUUUAUGCUUUUCAAAACACAUUUUUGAAAAAUCAUGACGUAUUCAUCCUAUGAUGUGACUAACCUUCUUUAACAUGCUGCCAUUUAUUACUUGCCUAAGGUGCAAAAUUAACUGUUUACUUAAAUAAUGAAUAAUGACUGUUUAUAGGAUUGAUGUUUCAUAUGUCUUUUAAUUAUGUACUAAUUAAUUUUGAUUAAAAAUUUUAUUAUUUCCUAUAUCCAAUCCAAUGGCCAAACCUGGACAAAAUUGAUUUUAUCCAAGCUGGUUUUUUCCAUGGUUUAAACCACCACUGACUAAAACUCUUACAACCCUGACAACAUAGGGGAUGCGGAAUUUAUUCUGUAUUGUGAAGGCAUUAAUUGUACUGAAAUAGCAAGAAAAGAAUACAAAAAGUAUAAUUCCAAAGUAAACACAUUGCAUAUGCCAAACUAGCAACUUUGGAUUCCCGUAGCUGCUGCAUUUGGGCUUUUGCCUGCGUAGAAAGUGGGAAUUGAUCUACAUGAAGAGUUUUGUCUGGAUCCAUGACUCUCAAUGUUGUGCCAUUUGGUAAUGGGCUUGCUUGUUUCAAAGCAACAAAAAUAUUCUUUUAUUAUUGGGCACCAGAUGGUUUUCUUAAAUUAAUUUUUUUUCUUCAAAAAAUGAAAAUAUUUAACUGCAUCAACUAUUUGAAAACAGUAAAAUUGUUCUAAAAUUAGUAGAACUUCAAUCAUCCGACUUAAUUGGGACCAGAUCCAUUUGGAUAAUUGGAUUUUUUUCAGAGAAAGGGUCUAUUUUAAUUAAAUAAUAUAUGUAAUAUGUCGAAAAUGGAAGAAAAACUAAUUAAAAAAAGAGCUUUUAAUUGAUCAAACUUAAAAGCAACACUUAUAACUGUUACUUAAAUGCAACACUUAUAAGCAUACUGACAAUUGCUGUACCAUAGUACAGUAAAUAUGAACCAUACUUUAAGUAAAAGUCAUUCUUGCUAAAUAUCUCAGUUGAAGUAAACCGGGAGGGCAAUAGCGGUUAGACAGUAUCAUUAUUUUGGGAAUUGCAUUAUAUUUCCAUCUUUGUUUUAUUCUGAAUUCAGGAAGCGAUUCGUAUAAUCAGAGGUUUGGAUUACUGGAGUUCCACUGUAAAAGAAAAAUUGAGAAAUUCACUGUUUUGAAAAAAUAUAUAUAUGUUUGAAGAAAAAUAAUAUGUAAGCACUUUAUACAAAUUACCAAGCAAAGCAGUUUCUGGUGAAAUCAUAGUUAUUUGUCUUAAAACUCCUUUGCAAAACUGAGAUUUAAACCUGAAAAAGGAAAAAAAAAGUUUUUCUUUAAUCCUGUUUUCGAAUAAAUAAAAGAUUUGAUUUAAUAAGUCUGUACUUAUUAUUAUUACAGUCGACUCCCGCUACAACGCGAUCCGACUCACGCGAAAUGGCUAUAACGCGAAUUUUUCACGAGUAACAAAUUUUAGAGCUAACGCGAAUUUUUCGCCCACAACAUGAAUUUUUUUAGAAGGAAGUAUCAGCUUCAUUAUUGGAUACUAAAUAUUGAUUUCGUGAAUGUUAUUAUGUCCCUUUGAGCAUCACUGACAGCCAAAGUUCCCACACCAAACUAGUCUAGUGCAUCAAGUAACCAUAAUGACACCUUAGUGUCACCUUCAUCUAAAGUUUGAAAAUGUGAAGAAAAAGAAAGUUUCUGAAUUUAAAAAGGCUAAAAUUCUCGAUAUGCUUGAACUAUUACAAAAUGUCAAAGGUAGCGCGAAAAUAAGUAUGAGUGAAUCUUCUAUAUGUACAAUUAAAAGUCAAAACAAAAAGAUGUUUGUACAAGUUUAGAAAUUACUAGUUUCAAUAUUGAAGCUUGCAGAGCAGUCUUGCAAAUUAAAAAUGGAAGCUACGCGCGCUCUUGCAUUGU